AUGGCUGCUGGCCUACCUUUAUGUCUUGCCGACAACUGUCAGCCCGGAAUCCGCUAUUGUGGAUACAAUCUUCUCAACAGAGGUAACUACCUUGAGCAGAUCAAUGAAGCCCUCAUUGCUGCCAACCAACCUACCGAUACCUCGCAUGUACGAGACAGCUUUUUCCUGUGCACCGGCGGUCCAGGUGGUGAAAUCACUUUCAAGACAUAUUGCCAAAAAGGCUGUCAUGAUGGCGGAAAUGAUAAGAACGACUGGUGCAACUAG